AUGUCCGUUUUGCCUCCGAAUCUACCCGAACGAUUCUACACCGAAUUUAUUUUGUACUACACACCAAGAGAAGACAUUCCUUUGCCACCAUGGCCCACUUUGAAUCCACCAGAAUUACCGUACGCGAUUGGUCGUGGAGCCACAUGGUAUGCCGCAGACUUGGGCAUCAUGAUUGAAUCAUAUACAGACUAUUGUGUGCCAAUCUUCGAACCGAAUAGCUACUUCCCCUGUGUGUUGUUCAACUAUAACGGGACGGCUUAUUUCAUCUCGGAUAGAGCCACCGGUUACGGACCGUGUUGUGUUUAUCGACAACCGUGGAGUCCGCCACAUCGGGAUUUCAUGCAACAAUUCACAUAUUAUUUCAAUCGUACCACUAUUGGUUUGGGUCCGGGAAUUUUGAAUCAGACCAUCGACUGGUGGGUUAUUCCACAGGAGGAAAGCAGAAUACUGAUAAAAAGGGCGAUAAAAGAUCAUCCAGUCUUUGGUGGAUAUGGCUGGGCUCGUGAGCCUCUUCCCAGUGGCAAUCGUCCCCAAGUGUGUUUCUGGUAUGAAGGUAAUGACGGUUGGGCCCAACAGUUAUUCUACAAUUUUACGGAUUCCGGACCACGGAUGAAGGAUUUAGACGGCUUUGAACUUCCCGAAGAGUGCCACACAAACCGGGCUUGCCUCUAUCGACCAUGA